UAUAGUGUGUCUAUUUGUGAUUUGCAGCUGCUAAUGUAUUCUUAUGGAAGUGUAGAAACUGUGGUUUGAGUGUUUUUAUAGAUGCUUGAAUAUCACUUUCUUACUCUCAUUUGUGUCAUUUCAAUUCUGGUUCUUGCCUUAUUGUUUUUUUUUUCAAUAACUAUAAUCUGAAUACUAAUUUCCAAUGUUUACCCGAAUCAUCUUUGAACUUGUCUCGCUAUGACGGUAUCAGUAGGAGAACAAAUAUACACUAGCUAUUAUUCUCCGAUAGGAGCUAGAGUGAAGUGUCUCUCAUAUGCUGGUUACUUUAUCAACACAAGGGAUGUCUCUGGAACUCAGCACAUUAAACAAUUCUUCAGUCAAAUUGUUACAAAACAUGGCUCUGCAGGGAAUUUGCCUAGAUCAUGCAUUUCAAGACUCAGUCCAAGGCUGUGCUUUUUCCCUCAAUAUGUUGUAUCACAAAUCACCACACCAAUCUUCUUUGUAAACGCGACAUAUGACUCAUGGCAGGUGUUGCUGAUCCUCAUGGGCACUGGCAUAGCUGCAAGCUAGAUAUAAACAACUGCUCUUCUAAUCAACUUGAUCUAAUACAAGGCUUUAGAACACAAUUUCUAAGAACAUUGACUUUUUUUUUGGUAAGCAAAGAGAGC